AUGCGCGCUCUAACGGCAGCGCUGCUUUGCAUCCAGCCAGGCGGCUCAUCGGCGUUGCGAGUGCAGCCUGUCCAGCCUGGCGGCUCAGCGGCGGCGCGAGUGCAUGGCGGCUCAUUGGCGUUGGGAGUGCAGCCUGUCCAGCCUGGCGGCUCAGCGGCGGCGCGAGUGCAUGGCGGCUCAUCGGCGUUGCGAGUGCAGCCUGUCCAGCCUGGCGGCUCAGCGGCGGCGCGAGUGCAUGGCGGCUCAUUGGCGUUGGGAGUGCAGCCUGUCCAGCCUGGCGGCUCAGCGGCGGCGCGAGUGCAUGGCGGCUCAUCGGCGUUGCGAGUGCAGCCUGUCCAGCCUGGCGGCUCAGCAGUACGCAGCGUAAAUCCUCGGGCACUGCUUUCGAUGGCAGCGACAGAAGAUGGCGGAGGACCAAUCAUCGACACGGUGGCGCGCGAGCUGCUGGAUUCGAUUGUGCAGGGCGAGUUGGCCGAGCUGGCCGAGCAGCCGCCCGAAGCGCAGGAGGCGGCGCUCCCAACCCUCCUCUCCAGAGUUGAGCAGCGCGCGGUCGCUGAAGCGGGUGCUCUCGCUGAAAGCGGUGGGCAGAGCUACCAGUUCGGCGACUUGAGCAAGUCGGUGGUGGAGAGCGUGCGUGGCGAGGUGCAGCGGCAGGUGGAGGCCGACUGGAGCACGGACGACAUCUCCUUGCUGCUCAAGGUCUGUCUCUUCCUAGGGGCCGGCACCGCGGCGCCGGUCGCCGGCCUCGCUGCGAUGCCCGCCGCCGUGCUACUCGCGACUUACGGCACUGUCCUGAAGGCGGAGCUGGGCGUUCGUGCCGUGCAGGAGGUGGGCGUGCGGCUGGCGGAGCGAGCGGCGCAGGGGGUCGCCGACGGCGUGCGUGGCUACACAGGGAAGGACGAGUACAGGUUUGGUGACCUCACGGAGGAGACAGUCCAUCGUGUGACGGGCAGCGACGAGUAUCGCUUCGGCGACCUCUCCAAGGGCGCCCUCAGGUCUGUCACCGGCAAAACGGAAUAUGAGUUUGGUGAUGUCAGCAAGUCGCUCUUCCGCCGGCUGACUGGACAUCGAGGCGGCGGCGCAGAGCCAGACGAGGCCGCCUCUGAUGGCUCCACCAAAUAG